AUGGGCCUCAAGCCGAGAGUUAAGACGCCGUCAAGCAGCAGUGGGACGCGAGGUUGGCUAACGAAAGCAACAGAUUCUAUGAUGAGCUCGAAACAGAAGAAGAAGCAGUUCACAUCUGUUGCUCUGCUGGUUGGAGUUGUGGGGCUGUGGUGGUUGUUUGGUGGAUUUUUGGGUUCUCGGUCGGUCAAAGAAACGUGGUUACCGGCGUUACAUGGGCCCUACAAAAACGAAAUUCAAGCGCCGAAUCCUCUUAUUUUCCCUCCCACGGAGCAUGCGCCGAUCUUGCGUGAGCUCGACGUGAAAGGACUGUACAUCUUGAGAAUUGAUGUUGACGAAAACCGGAAAUAUGUGUUGAAAUCGGACGACGAGCCAAUGACGGACAAAGAGCGUGCUGCAAUGACCGAUCAGAACAAGCUGGUGAAAAAAAGCUUUUUGGACAAUGGUAAGCUCGUGUAUCGCAAGUCGUCGCCACAACCAGAGGUUAUCAUUGUGACCAUGAUCGAUUUUGACUAUUACGACGUGAACACGCUCACGAGGAUUGUGCAGAACAGAGUCAACUACGCGCAAAGGCAGGGCUACGGUAUUUAUGUACGCUGGGCGCAAGAGUUCGUUCCUAUGGUCGAAAAGCAGACCGUGCAAGAGUCGUACGAUUUUUUUAAGCCUCUCAUCAUGCGCGCGGCAUUCCACGCGUUUCCCCAUGCCAAAUAUUUCUGGUAUUUGGAUCAGGACUCGCUCAUCAUGCGCAUGGAUUUACCGCUGCAAAGACACUUGCUCGACCCCAAAACCUUGGACGUGGCCGUUUUGCGGAAUGUUCCUAUCAUCAAGGAGGGCAACAUCAAGACGUACAAGCACUUUUCGACGGCACACGCUGGGUUUAUCUUGCCGCAAAUGCAGGACGGUGAACUAGGCAUGUCCUCAUUCAUCAUCGCGCCCAGUCUUUAUUCCAAGUCAUUCCUCGACUAUCUGAGCGAUCCGCUUGUGAGAGACUUCUACUGGAAAGACCUUUCGAGCGCAGUGGCGCAUGCGCUACAAUGGCAUCCACCGCUUUUGUCCAGAACUGCCCUCAUUGUUCCAAAGACAAUUGCCAGCAUCUACGAGCCCGGAGUGUCGGACGCAGAAGGACAGAACGCCGAUACGAUUUCAUACCAGGAAGGUGAUCUAGUCGCGUUAUUCCAAGGUUGUAGACAAAGAGAGUCGUGUGUGAGUGAUAUCGAGGCUCUUUUCGCUAAGGUUUCGGGCUAG